GCGGCCGCUGACUUCAUUGCAUGUUCUGUACAGCCUUGCUAUGUUAUGCUCAACUCUUUGAAAGAUUUCUGGCAUUUCCCAGAUGGUUCCAGCUGCUACUGAAAUUCUUGCCACAAGAUCAUGUUGUGUCUCCACUGGAGUUUCGUACACCAGGCUUUGAAUGUGCCCCAAGAGAAAGGAAUCCAAUGGAGUGAAGUCAGGGGGCCAGGUUAUUGGGCCUCCAUGUCAAAUCCAUCUGCUGCCAAAGGUUUCAUCCAAAUACUUACAGACGAUAUUAGUGCAGUGUGCCGGUGCCCCAUCAUGCUGGAACCACAUUUCAUGACACACUACCAAAGGCACCACUUUCAGCAGCUCAGGACAGAUUGCAGUGUUAAAGGAAAACAGAUAUCACAAGCUCUACCCAGAUCAUGUUACUUUACAUUUUACAUGUGACCUGUGUGUGCAGUCUACAUGUCUGUUACCAGAAAUGUAAAUACUGUCAGUGCUCAUGCCUCAGUAUGAGUCCUGCAUGGAACAUAUGGUAUAUACUCGUAUACGGUACAAAGGUGAACAAAUAUACUCGUCUUCUCAAUCCCCGCCAGAGUGAACACAAUCGCUGUAAAAACAUUCUAUAUUUCUAGUCUAAUCUCAGUAUGAUA